CUAAAUGUAUGGGUCGCAGAGUGGGUUAAUCUCCGGCUCCGACCAUCCAACCACCGUAACACGAUCUCUUCUCCGACAGUUUGCUGCAUAGAUUAGACAGAUCCUGAGAACAAAUCAAUCCUCGGUUCAUUCCGCUCCGACAAUCUCGAUGGAUCGAGUGCUGAAAGCUGCCAGAAGCUCUGGUUCUCUCAACUUGUCAAACCGUUCGCUCAAGGAAGUACCUGGUGAGGUGUACAACAGCUUGGAUGCAACUGGGGAGGGUGAAAAGUGGUGGGAGGCUGUGGAGUUGCAGAAACUGAUUUUGGCUCAUAACAAUAUUGAAUCUCUAAGAGAAGACCUCAGAAAUUUGUCUCUGUUAUCUGUGCUGAAUGUUAGUCAUAACAAUCUUACCCACCUCCCAGCUGCAAUAGGAGAGCUUCACAUGCUAAAAUCUUUAGAUGUAUCUUUUAACAAGAUUCUGAGUUUACCCGAAGAAAUUGGAUCAGCAACUUCUCUGGUCAAGUUUGACUGCUCAAACAACCAACUGAAUGAUCUUCCUGCCUCACUUGGAAGUUGUUUAGAUUUAUUAGAACUCAAGGCUUCUAAUAAUUGCAUUACCAGCUUGCCAGAAGAUCUAAUGAAGUGUUCAAAACUGACAAAAUUAAAUGUUGAGGGAAACAGGCUAACAGUGAUAUCUGAGAAUAUAGUUGGAUCUUGUACCCUGCUUACAGAACUCAACGCAUCAAAAAACUUGCUGACUGCUAUACCACAGAGUAUUGGGAGUCUUUCACGUCUCAUCUGCCUUAACUUCUAUCAGAACAGAAUUUCUUCAAUCCCACCAUCAAUAAUAGGUUGCUCUUCCCUGUUGGAAUUUUAUAUGGGGAACAAUGCUUUGUCUUCAUUACCAGUAGAGAUUGGAUCACUUCCUCACUUGGGGACAUUGGAUCUUCAUUCAAACCAGCUUAAGGAGUAUCCUGUUGAGGCAUGCAAAUUGUGCCUUUCACUUUUAGAUUUGUCGAACAAUUCGUUGUCCGGCUUGCCCCUUGAGAUCGGUAUGAUGACAACUUUGCGGAAACUUCUGCUUUCUGGAAAUCCUUUGCGAGCUCUUAGAAGCUCCUUGGUGAAUGGACCUACGCCUGCUUUGUUGAAGUAUUUAAGGAGUAGACUUCCAACUGAUGAAGAGUCUGGAGCUGCUACUCCAACAAAAGAUGAUGUAAUUUCCAUGGCAGCUCGAAUGUCCCUUGCAUCAAAGGAACUCUGUUUAGGAGGCCUUGGUGUGAGUGCUGUUCCAUCAGAAAUAUGGAAGUCAAGUGAUAUCACAAAAGUUGAUCUUUCUAACAAUUCAAUUGAAGAGUUACCUAUUGAACUUUCCUCUUGUGUUUCUAUUGAGGCUUUGAUUUUAUCCAAAAACAAGAUUAGAGAAUGGCCAGGUGCUGUUUUACAGUCACUUCCUAACCUUUCAUGUUUGAAGCUGGAUAAUAAUCCACUCAGAAAGAUUCCAUCAGACGGACUUCAAGCAGUGUCCAAGCUUCAUAUUCUGGAUCUAAGUGGCAACACUGGUUGCUUACCCGAAACUGCAGCAUUUUCUAGCUUACCACAGUUGCAGGAGCUUUACCUGAGAAGGAUGCAUAUAUCUGAAGUUCCAUCAGAGUUACUAAGACUGCAGCAGUUACGGGUUCUGGAUCUCAGCCAAAAUUCUAUUCACUUAAUUCCACAGGGUUUCAAAAAUCUUGCUUUGCUUUCUGAGCUUGACCUUUCAGACAACAACAUUACUAUCCUCCCCCCUGAGCUGGGUUUACUUGAACCUAGCCUGCAGGUUUUGAAACUUGAUGGAAACCCAUUGAGAAGCAUCCGGAGGGCAAUUCUGGAACGUGGAACCAAAGCUCUUUUGAAGUACCUGAAGGACAAAAUUGUUGAGGGCUAGUUUGUCUGCAUUCCUUGUGUCGUGUCGUGUCGUGUUAUUUGUACGUGCAUAAAAUUUCUAGGCUGUACUAAGCCUGAAUUUAUGAGUGGAUCAAAGAAACUGCAAUAUGCCAUUGUUGUUCUGAUAUGGCUGGCUGUUAGCAUCAGAUGCUUGUAAUUGUCUGUAGAAUGUAUUCUUACAGAAGUGGCAGUUUAAUUUGUCUUUGGUGUGGACAGAUAUCUAAGACCACCCUCCAAUGGUGGUGGGUCUUCUCUUCUGGUU